GACUGGCCAACUGUAAUGCCAUUUGUCCUGGCUCUGGGAUUAGGUGCGGCCGGCCCUGUUAAGUGAGGAGUGUGGAGCCAUUGAGAGGACGCCGUGCAGUAAAGUGGCUGCUGCCUGGAGCUCUGGUAUAAACAGGACCAGUCACCUCAGCCCUCCUGACUCCACCCAGGAAACCUGUUCCUUUUUGCCUGCUGUCAGCUGGAACUUCUGAGUCCCUGGAAAGCCCACACACUACCUCAACUGCAAGCUGCGUGUGCCUUGGCCCCGGGGGCCCCACCAAGCCAGCAGCAUGUGGCAUCCCCGGGCCUGCCCAGUGUCUUCCUGCCCGCUGCCCGGCCCCCCCAGGAGGCCCUGACGCCCUGGGGUACUUCUGCUGUGCACAGGACCACGUGGGGGUUUGCCAUGGUGACAUAAAGGGGCGAGGAGGAAGGAAGGAGCUCAACCAGCCUGCGGACUGUGCCCCUGGCUGGGAGGAAGGGCCGGCGGCCCGGAUCCUCCACUCCCACCGCCCGCUGAGGGCCUCGCUUGUUAACUGUCUGUGAACUUGUUGGCCCGUGGACAACUCCGGUGUCUCCUUCUGCGUGGGGCCUUAGGGUGGCCAGGGCAGGCCGGGCCUCUGGUGGCCAAGGUCUCGGGGACCAGGAUGCCCACCCUGGCGCGCCUCCGCAGGCUGUGUCGGCACGUGUCCCCACAGGCCAUCUUUUUCCUGCUCUUUGUCUUCUGCGUGGUCAGCGUUUGUGUCUCCGCCUACUACCUAUAUGGCUGGAAGCGGGGCCUGGAGCCCUCGGCAGACGCCCCCGAGCCUGACUGUGGGGACCCUCCGCCUGUUGCCCCCAGCCGCCUGCUGCCGCUCAAGCCCGUGCAGGCGGCCACCCCUUCCCGUACGGACCCACUGGUGCUGGUGUUUGUGGAGAGCCUCUACUCACAGCUGGGCCAGGAGGUGGUGGCCAUCCUGGAGUCGAGCCGCUUUAAGUACCGCACAGAAAUUGCACCGGGCAAGGGGGAUAUGCCCACACUCACUGACAAGGGCCGUGGCCGCUUUGCCCUCAUCAUCUACGAGAACAUCCUCAAGUACGUGAACCUGGACGCCUGGAACCGGGAGCUGCUGGACAAGUACUGUGUGGCCUACGGCGUGGGCAUCAUCGGCUUCUUCAAGGCCAAUGAGAACAGCCUGCUGAGUGCGCAGCUCAAAGGCUUCCCCCUGUUCCUGCACUCAAACCUGGGCCUGAAGGACUGCAGCAUCAACCCCAGGUCCCCGCUGCUCUACGUGACGCGGCCCAGCGAGGUGGAGAAGGGUAUGCUGCCCGGCGAGGACUGGACCGUGUUCCAGUCCAACCACUCCACCUAUGAGCCAGUGCUGCUGGCCAAGACGCGCUCCUCCGAGUCCAUGCCGCACCUGGGCGCAGAUGCCGGCCUGCACGCCGCGCUGCACACCACCGUGGUCCAGGACCUGGGCCUCCAUGACGGCAUCCAGCGCGUGCUCUUCGGCAACAACCUCAACUUCUGGCUGCACAAGCUCGUCUUCGUGGACGCCGUGGCCUUCCUCACCGGCAAGCACCUCUCGCUGCCUUUGGACCGCUACAUCCUGGUGGACAUCGACGACAUCUUUGUGGGCAAGGAGGGCACACGCAUGAAGGUGGAGGACGUGAAGGCUCUGUUUGAUACACAGAAUGAACUGCGCACACACAUCCCAAACUUCACCUUCAACCUGGGCUACUCAGGGAAAUUCUUCCAUACAGGUACCGAUGCUGAGGAUGCUGGGGACGACCUGCUGCUGUCCUACGUGAAGGAGUUCUGGUGGUUCCCCCACAUGUGGAGCCACAUGCAGCCCCACCUCUUCCACAACCAGUCUGUGCUGGCUGAGCAGAUGGCCCUGAACAAGAAGUUCGCUGUCGAGCACGGCAUUCCCACAGACAUGGGGUACGCAGUGGCGCCCCACCACUCGGGCGUGUACCCUGUGCACGUGCAGCUGUACGAGGCCUGGAAGCAGGUGUGGAACAUCCGAGUGACCAGCACGGAGGAGUACCCCCACCUGAAGCCGGCCCGCUACCGCCGUGGCUUCGUCCACAACGGCAUCAUGGUCCUCCCGCGGCAGACCUGCGGCCUCUUCACACACACCAUCUUCUACAGCGAGUACCCUGGUGGCUCCAGCGAGCUGGACAAGAUCAUCAAUGGGGGCGAGCUCUUCCUCACCGUGCUCCUCAAUCCCAUUAGCAUCUUCAUGACGCACCUGUCCAACUACGGGAAUGACCGCCUGGGCCUGUACACCUUUAAGCACCUGGUGCGCUUCCUGCACUCUUGGACCAACCUCCGGCUGCAGACGCUGCCCCCUGUGCAGCUGGCCCAGAAGUACUUCCAGAUCUUCUCUGAAGAGAAGGACCCGCUCUGGCAGGACCCCUGCGAGGACAAACGCCACAAAGACAUCUGGUCCAAGGAGAAGACAUGUGACCGCUUCCCCAAACUCCUCAUCAUUGGCCCCCAGAAAACAGGCACCACCGCCCUCUACCUGUUCCUGGGCAUGCACCCCGACCUCAGCAGCAACUACCCCAGCUCAGAGACCUUCGAGGAGAUCCAGUUUUUUAACGGCCAAAACUAUCACAAAGGCAUCGACUGGUACAUGGAGUUCUUCCCCAUCCCCUCCAACACCACCUCCGACUUCUACUUUGAGAAAAGCGCCAACUACUUUGAUUCGGAAGUGGCUCCCCGGCGGGCAGCCGCCCUGUUGCCCAAAGCCAAGGUCCUGACCAUCCUCAUCAACCCAGCGGACCGGGCCUAUUCCUGGUACCAGCACCAGCGAGCCCACGAUGACCCCGUGGCCCUGAAGUACACCUUCCACGAGGUGAUCACGGCCGGGCCCGACGCGUCCUUGAAGUUGCGUGCCCUGCAGAACCGCUGCCUGGUCCCCGGCUGGUACGCCACCCACAUUGAGCGCUGGCUCAGCGCCUUUCACGCCAAUCAGAUUCUGGUCUUGGAUGGCAAACUGCUGAGAACAGAACCUGCCAAAGUGAUGGACACAGUGCAGAAGUUCCUCGGGGUGACCAGCACCAUCGACUACCACAAAGCCUUGGCGUUUGAUCCAAAGAAAGGAUUUUGGUGCCAGCUGCUCGAAGGAGGAAAAACCAAGUGUCUGGGCAAAAGCAAGGGCCGGAAAUACCCAGAGAUGGACUUGGAUUCCCGCGCCUUCCUGAAGGACUAUUACCGGGACCACAACAUCGAGCUUUCCAAGCUGCUGUACAAGAUGGGCCAGACGCUGCCCACCUGGCUGCGGGAGGACCUCCAGAACACCAGGUAGCCAUGGCCACCACAGCCAGACUGACGUUUGUGACGGCAGGGACGUCCCGCGGCACGCUGAGCCAGACCGACCUGCAGAACGGAGCUGGGCCUGGGCUGGCCAAGCACGUCUGAGCAAUACUCUGCCGAGCCCAGGCAGGGCGGGAGAAGCCGGGCAGGCCCACGCGCCUCCAAGCAUCCCGCGGGGCUGUGGCCGCCAGGACCGCCUCCGCCACCAGAGGUCCAUCCCGCUCACAGCCCCACGGGGAGGCCACUCCUGGUAGGAAGGGUCCGUGAGACUCUGUUCUGCCCCUCACUGUGUCCUACCAACCAUGCCCUCUCCUCCGUCCUGCCACUCCCUGCCCAGCCGGGGGUUCCUCCGUGUCAGCUGCCACAUGUCCUGUCCUCUGGACAGUAAGGGAGAAGAGCCCAGCGGGGCCUUUUGCCAAACCAGGGAGUGGGACUGGACGCUUCCCUGCCUGUUUCGAGCCAGGCCCUUCCGAGGGGCCAGCCGGGGACCAGAGCCAGGCCCCGGGCUGGAUGUGAGGGUGGUACCGCGAGAGAACUCCCGACUCCCACAUUCACUCCGGGUCAGACCUUCACGUCUCACCCGCCCU